GCUACGCAGGCGCACUGCAGCCUGGCGCCGGGCAAACCGGGUACCGACGCCCCUUGGGCGAGCGCGCCCUCCCCGGCGCGUGCCAUGGAGCAGCGGUUAGCUGAGUUCCGGGCGUCCCGGAAACGAGCGGGGCUGGCAGCCGAACCUAGCACUUCGAGCCAGAGAGCACCAACCUCGGGAGAGAAGGCGGAAGCAGCUGCGACUCCAAAAGCAGCCCCAGGCUGGCUAAAACGGUUCCUGGUGUGGAUACCUGCGAGUGGCCAGGCCCAGCCCAGCUUUACUCAGGGAGCGGCUGAGCCUGGGAGCCGAGCAUCCCAGCCACGGCGGAAUGCAGUCGCGCCUCCGCCGCCCCCGCGGGACCAGUCUUUCCUGACUAACAUCACCUUCCUGAAGGUGCUCCUCUGGUUGGUCCUGCUGGGACUGUUUGUGGAAUUGGAAUUUGGCCUGGCCUAUUUUGUCCUGUCCCUGUUCUACUGGAUGUAUGUGGGGACACGAGGCCCCGAGGAGAAGACGGAGGGGGAGAAGAGCGCCUACUCGGUGUUCAACCCAGGCUGCGAGGCCAUCCAGGGCACCCUGACUGCAGAGCAGCUGGAGCGCGAGCUGCAGUUCAGACCCCUGGUUGGAAGAUAGGACCCAGCCGUGCUGUCAGCUAGCCUCCCAGGGCCCUCUUCCCUCCGCGGGGCGUGGACUUGUAGGUUUGAUUUCAGGUUCCCAAGACUAAGGACAAACUAAGGACCCCGCAAUUCUCCAUUCUUUCCCUGGUCUCCUGCUGCAGUUUUAUAUCAGAACUUCUUUUCGCUUUUGGUGAAACUCCCGGAAAGAUACUCACAGUGGGUCUAAUGCAGUUUAUAAAAAUUUACAUACUCAAGAAGGGAGACCUGUCUCUCUUUAUUUGGUAGAGGUGACUUUCAGAGCACUAGAAGUAUGUUGGGGAGAUAACUGUUUAAAAUAUCCACCUCUUUGAAGUAAUGGCUUGGUGUAUCAGGACUACACAUUAAAUGUUCUCUUGCACCUACAAGUUUACCCUUGUGCUGUAAAUCUCCUCACUUGCCUGGGUCUAUCGUGGAUGUGUUCACAGGAGCCUUUCAGGUGUGCACAUCAAUGUCACAAGGGAAAAGUCUGAGAACCUGGGGACUGGCAAUAAAGCAGAGGUCACAUGGACACCCUGGAGCAUGUCCGUGAAGAGGAGCCUUUGAACCCCAAUUUGUAAAUGAUAUCUGCACUCCUAAACCUUGGAGACAUGUCUUUGUUUGGUCAGUGGUGGUUUAGGUGGUUUUACCCUACCAGGCCAUAAGUGGUCUGGCCCCUGCCUGCCUCUCCCAGUUACAUUCACCUCAUUCAUGUUCAUUCGACGUGGGGGUUUGGCAUACUUUUUCUGUAAAGGACUAGACAGUAAAUAGUCUUCGUUGGCAUACUGCCUUUAUCAUGACUACUCAGCUUGCCAUUGUAGAGCAAAAGCAGCCAUAGAACAUAUGUGAACAAAUAAGUGUGUCAAUAAAACUUUAUUUAUAAAACCAGGUGGUGGGCCAUGGUUUGCUGACUCCUGUUCUAACACCCCAAAUAAGCUUUUGCUUUAGGGUCUUUGCUUAGAACUCACUUUCCCAGAUGAUCCUAGGACUUGGUCCCUUACUCCGUUCAGGUGUCUCAGAUGUCUUGUCAUCAGAAAGACUCUGUGACCACCCAAUCUAAAAUAGAACCAUACUCCCAUAUCUCCAUUUUUUUUUCCCUUCUCUCCUGUGGUAAAUGCUUCAUUUAGUUGCUUUAUUAAUAAUAUUGAUCAUGUUUUGGUAAAUUCUAGAGAAAAGCAUACAUGUUUAUAGACAGAA